AUGAACGCUGGCCACACCACAAUAACUAUUGACUUGGUCCUUGACAGGAGUAGCACUCAAGACGUGCUUCGGGCGAUUCUCCAUGCAAUUCUCUUCCACCGACUCUUUGGACUCGUCAAGCCUCAGAUCUUCGAUAUUUUGGAGGUUACGAUGCCUGGUGUGAAGGACAAGGAGAUCGAGGCUCUCGUGGAGAAGAAGGUUGAUGCAUUUACGCGUGCGAUUGGCAGCGGAACGAACAAGCGUGGACAAAUAACCCUGACACUCUCCGAAAAGAAACAGAAAAAGGGCUGGUUCCAGGUCUACGACGUCUUCGAAGAGGUCCCUUGGGAAACAUGGAUCGUCAACGCUGAAAUCCGUCAUCCCAAGUCUGACCGGGAACGCGAACAACUCAAAGAGACCUUGUCAGCCACACUCACCAAGGCUGUCCACACAAUGAUGGUUCACGCCUCUUCGGAGGAAGCCAGGGACAUCGUUCCACCAAUCACAAAUGCCAACGAAAUCUCGCCCUUUCCAAUCAACGUUGUGGUUAGCGUUGGCGGUGUCCAGGUCCCCAACUCUUGA